AUGAAACCUCGUAUACCAUAUACCAGAAAAACGCUACUGCUAUCCUAUUCUAAAGAUUGGGUGUUGCCACUCUUUUUCUUGGCAGCAUUUUAUGCAAUUGACCUCCUACCGCCGUUUCAUCGAGUAUUCUCAAUCAAUGAUCCUUCAAUUCAAUUUCCUUAUGCUGAGACAGAACGGAUCAUUUCUGGUGUCGUACCGUUACUGAUAAUAAUGUUCACGUCUGACACAAUCGAUAAAGUCGGUAGACCACGUCCGGAUUUCAUUGCUCGUUGUCAACCAAUAAAAAAUGCAACUGAUGCAUUACCAUAUGGUCUAAGUAACUCGGAUAUUUGUACAUGGAAUAAUAGUGAUGCAAAAAAAAUAAAUGAAGCAUUUAAAAGUUUUCCUUCUGGUCAUUCGUCAACCGCAUUCGCAGGGAUGGCAUAUCUAUCAUUCUACCUCGCCGGAAAACUACACCUAUGCGACAAUCGUGGUCACACGUACAAAUCAUUUGUCAUCACUGCACCAUAUGUAGUCGCGACACUCGUAGCAAUCUCACGCACGAACGACUAUCGACAUCAUUGGCACGACGUGACUUUUGGUGGAAUACUCGGGAUAACAUUUGCCGCAUUUUGCUAUCUGCAAUACUACCCCCUGCCGUGGGCGGUGUCGCCGUAUUUACCUUUUAAUCAUCGGUUCUAUCAACCAGAAGAUUUGGAGCCACCUGUACCAGAUGAUUUGGGUUCUGCAAGAUGCCGGGCAUCCAGUCAGGUGCUUAAAGCAUGUAAAACUACAGUUGGAAGAUGGGUUCAAAUUGAAAUAAUUAAUCAAAAUGAUAAUGAGGAAAAUCCUGGUGAAAGGAUGAUUAUUUAUUGUAAAAUUUGGCCGGAUCCAAGACUUCCCGAUGGUAUAAUACAAGCGGAUACACUCUUGAUGGUUAGAAAAUCAUUGCCAUCAUUGAUGUUUAGCGAAAAUAGUAAAUGUUUAAUCACACCUCUUAAGUAUCCAAUAGAGAUUGCAAGUAAAAUAAUAGUUUCGGCCGAUGUUAUUCUUCCUGUGGAAAAUAAAGAAGACGAUGAGAUUAAUGAACGACGGAUGAGUGAAAAGAUACAAUUAAAUGAUAUCGGAUUUAUUUGGAAGAGCGGGAAUGAUGAAGUUCAAGUAAACACUAUUCGAUCGAUGUUAAAAGGGCUUACAGUAUGUGAAGGAUGCACAAUUCAUGAUGAAAGACGAUGCUUAAAGAUUAAAAUUCGUGAGAUUGUUUCUCAAAAGAAUAACGAAGCUUCAGUUGGAAAUGACACAGAAAUAAUAAUUUAUAAAGAUGAAUUUAAAUCAUCCAAUACGUCUAGCAAUAAUGAGGAUAAUUCAAUCCAACAAAUAAUUUCUUCGGUAGUAUCAUUAUCCUUACAAGAUGACAAUUUAAUAAACUCAGCAGUUACAUCAACGGCUACUUUAAACACAUCAAUUAUUCCGCAAAGAACAUUAAAAACUCCAUCGAGCUUACCAGGCCUUGAGAAAGCAUAUGAAUCACUUUUUGAAAUGAUAAGUUACCCUUUAUUUUAUCCGGAUUUAUUAAGCCAACUUAAUAUCGAGUGUCCUAAAGGUGUAUUGAUUUAUGGUCCACCCGGAGUUGGAAAAACUUAUCUUGUGGCUACAAUUUCCAAGAUUUGUAACGCCAAAAUGAUUACAAUCCAUGGUCCCGAGAUUUAUGGUUCAUAUGUCGGAGAAAGUGAAACAAAACUUCGAGAAAAAUUUAUGUUUGCUCAACGUUUAACAUUAGAAGAAAAUUAUCCAGUUAUCUUGUUUAUUGAUGAAGUGGAUGCUUUAACUCCACAUCGAACAGAAUCUCAACCUCAUGAGUCACGUGUUGUCGCACAACUUUUAAUGUUAAUGGAUGGUAUGGAAUCGCGUGGAAGAUUAGUCGUUAUUGCCGCAACUAAUCGUCCUAAUGCAAUUGAUCCUGCAUUGCGAAGACCUGGAAGAUUUGAUCGAGAAGUUGCAAUCGACGUGCCAACCGAAGAGGCACGAUUUAAGAUUCUAGGGGUACAAACUCAAAACAUGAAAUUGGCUAAUGACGUGAAUCUUUUGAAGUUGGCGUCUUUGACUAAUGGAUAUGUUGGAGCUGAUUUAGCAGCAUUAUGCAGAGAAGCUGCGAUGAGCGCAAUACAUCGGCACACUACUGCAAGCGUUAGAAAUCCUCUCAUCAAUCUCACCCCGAUAACAAUAUUUGAUUUUAAGACGGCAUUGUCUCGUGUUGGACCGUCCAUGCAACGUGGAUUCCAUGUUGAUGUCGAAAAAACCAGCUGGGAAAAUGUCGGAGGCCUAGAAGAUGUAAAAAAGAAAUUAAAACAGGCUAUUGAAUGGCCAAUUAAACAUCGUAAAACUUUCGAGCGACUGGGCUUAAAACCUCCCCGUGGAGUUCUACUUUAUGGUCCGUCAGGAUGUAGUAAAACAACUCUGGUAAAAGUGAUGGCUUCAACCUCUGGUGCAACUUUUCUUUCAAUCAACGGUGCACAACUUUACUCCUCAUAUCUCGGCGAUUCUGAAAAAAAUAUCCGAGUUACUUUUCAACGUGCUCGUUUGACUGCUCCAUCAAUAGUAUUUUUUGACGAGAUUGACGCGAUAGUUGGAAAACGGACGAUGGGAGAAAGUCAUGCGGGUGCUGGUGGCAAUGGAGAUAGUGUACAAGAAAGAGUUUUAUCGAUGCUUUUGAAUGAGAUGGAUGGUAUUGAAUCUGCGACUUCUGUACUUGUGGUGGGGGCAACAAAUCGACCAGAUUUAUUGGACGUUGCGUUAUUAAGGCCAGGCAGAUUUGAUAAACUGAUAUAUGUUCCACCUCCAGAUUUACAAGCACGUCGUGAAAUACUAAAAAUUUACACUAUUAAUAUGCCAGUAAGCAAUGAUUUGGAUCUUGAUUCUAUAGCUAAAAAGACUGAAAUGUAUACGGGUGCUGAUUUGAAGAACGUUUGCCGUGAAGCUGCAAUCAUUGCACUAAAACAAUUCCAUAUAGUGGAUAAAGUG